UUAGAGGGGCUGGAACAGGUUGGAGCAGAGCUGUACCCUGCACACACACACUAUUUCAUCCGAGAUGCCCACGUUUUCCGUCAUGUUUAAAGGAGCUGUCAUCAUAAGCAGGACGCUGAUGGGGCCAAAUGAAGUAGAUCGGACAGUGCAUCUGAUGCAGUUUUCAGACUGUGAGACUGGAUUAGGUAUCAAAGUCAUUGGUGGUGUGAAGGAAGUAACAGGAGAGGAAUUUGGAGUUUAUGUGAAGAGGAUCUUACCAGGUGGCCUUGCCGCCACUGAUGGACAACUACAGCCUGGAGAUCAGAUCUUGGAGGUGAAUGGAGAAAGUUUGAUUGGUGUAACGAGUGAGAGAGCGGUGGAUAUUCUUAGAGCAGCUUCGUCCACAAACCACAUGCGUCUUCUGAUAGCGCGAGAUGAGGAAGCUCGGAAAGAAUUUGCCGAGCUGAUGGAGAAAUACGGCUCCAACGGCAGUACUGGCUCCACGAGGAACUCCCCCAUUCAGCACACAGGCAGAUAUUUGGACAGCACGUCAUCAGGGUCUUCGUCCAGGUCCCAGAGUCCUCUGCUGCUUAGUCCAGCGUCGACUCAGAAUGUGUACAAUAACACGGGACAGCUACUGCGCUCUCUCAGUCACCCAGGUGAAGGUGUGAUCCAGCUGAUCUCAGUGGUUCGCUCCGGCACUCUGGGUCUCUCAGUCAGCGGAGGUUCUAACAGACCAGACGGCCCGGCCGUGUUCAUACAGGAAGUGAUGUCAGGAGGAGACUGCCAGCGGGAUGGACGACUCCGAGCAGGAGAUCAGCUCAUCGCUAUUAACAAGGAGUCUCUGAUCGGAGUCACGCACGAGGAGGCCAAAAGCGCCAUCAACAGAGCGAAACUCAGCCGUGAGCCGAUGGUGGAAAUCGCCUUCAUUCCAGGGAAAGGCCAUUUCCCCUGCAGCACGUCGUUACACAGUGGAGUUCAGCGAGCCGGGGCGAACAGAUACGGCAGGUUAAAAGUGCACGUCACCUCUCCUGAGGUUCGACCGGAGGACACGGCACCGUCGUCUUCGCCGGACAUCAGUCCCGCAGACAUUCACGCAUCAGCAGCCUUGACCACACAGAGCAACGGCGCCACGUCCAAACCGAAGGUCUCGCUGGACCCCCACGUACGACUGCGAUCAGAGAAACUCGACCUGGCUCUGUCUUACCUCGGGCUGGACGUCACAGAGGAGAAGAGGAGAAGAAUCAGAGAGAGUUUGUCCACAGAUCCUCAAGGGACGGUGUCUUACGGAGAGUUUGUGGAGGCCACACGUAACGUGUACCACGAUAAGCUGGAGGAGGCGGGGCUUGUGCAGGGACCCUUCAUGUUCUCCUAUCAUGAGGCGGCGAGUUUGAUGGACACGUCAGCCUUCCACUCACCUACGGGUGAAUCAGAGUGCAGUUACAGCAGUGAGGAGAUGGAGCCGUUUCAGACUGAGCUGAAGCAACGGCAAACACAGAUGCACCAGCUAAAGGGUUUACUGGAGGACACCGAGGCCGGUAAAAAAUCUCUAGAGGAGGAAAUUCAGAAAACCACAGAGAACUCCAAAACCACAGUGGAGGAUGAUGAGACGUUGAAGAGCAUGCUUCAGGAGGCUGAGGCUGUUCAGAUGCAGGCGAACAGUGCUGAACAGGACUAUGAGGAGGUGAUUCGGCUUCUGGAGGCCGAAAUCAAAGAUCUGAAGGAGCAACUCGCUGAAAAGAAACACACAAGUUUGCAGGUGACAAACGAGGACAUGAUGGAACUGAACAAGAGGCUUUCCAUUAUCGACAGUCAGCUACGAAAUUCUGAACUCAUGAGGAAACAUCUGGAAAUCUCCAAUAAAAAGCUGCUGGGCUUUGCUCAUAACGUUCAUAAAGUCCUCACCAGUGGCGGUUUCUCUGCGACGGAGAACGGGUCGUCCCCGGCAACAGACAGUCCGGAAAUCUCAGACUCCACCCACCAGCUCAUAGCUGAGGCCAGAGAGCUCAUGGAGAGGGUGUGCUCCCUUUGUGCAGAUGAUCACACGUUACCGCAGAUCUCAGAAGGAUCCAUCACUGGUCCAGGGUUCGAGUGUGUGGUCGAAGUGAAUCAUCAGCCCCAGACGCCUCUUGCUGGACUUCACGUUAAAGAGACUCGACGUCUCUAAAAGAGCUCAGCGAGAUAAGCACAAACACCAAAACACCAGUGCAAGAGGAGGAUAAACAAUAAUCCACGUAUUAUUAAUCUUUAAACUCAGUUCGAUUCUAAAGUGUGUGUUACAUUUGAUCAGGUGUCCAUGCGGGGCCUUGUCGUCCCCCCCCCAACACACGAUUCUGGAAAGUGCUAUAAUAUUUAAGAGAUCUUACACUCUGAACCGUUACUGCAAGCAGAAGCUGUAAGUGUCUUCACUAUUACUGGUUUUGAUGUAAAUAUCACCGUCACCACCGUCUCGUACACACAUACACAGCGUAUUACAGUACGUGCGUCAUGAAUACUACAGUAAUACAACACGUUCCCUCGAACAGCCAGAACAGCACUGUCUGAACACAACAACUGUGUUUUGAUAGAACAGAUUCUGAUAACAUUUUCCAUUACGGUUCCUUUAACGAUCGUUAUCUGCUGCAUUAAUGAACAUUAACAAAGGAUAGAUAUAGCAUUAAUACACCGAAAGUAAUGAGAAAUGAACACGUGUAUUAACUACCGUUUCUUUAAACGUUAAUGAAAUACUCCUGCUUUGACCGAUUAUUCAGUUCAUAAAUUAGCAAACAAUUUCAUUACAUCAUGUCCGGGCUCGCGAGUGGCACUACAGAAAAGCGUUCAUCAUAUCUCUCUCCCCUGUCCGCUUCAGGUGCUGAUUAUUCGGCUCGUUGUGUGGUUUGUUUAUUUAUUUACUUAUUUGUCAACACGAAUCAAUACAGUUGUUAAUGCCGUCGUUCGUGUUACCGAUGGUGUAAUUUUCACGCAGAAUUUUUUUCGAGUUUGUUCGUGUUAACAAACGUGUCGAAUGACGCCCAUCGAGGGAACCUUAAUACAAAGUGUUACUUAAAUUUUGACUUCGCACGACUUCUAGUAUUUUCCAGCACGUCUAUAUCUACACAGCAUGCAUGGUCCAGAUUACCAACAAAAAGGCACUAAAUCAACAAUAUGUUUCAUAUUUAACACAUUUCAACACCUGAUACUGUGUAACAGCCAUUAUGGUUCACGUGUGCAAUGUACAGUGUGUGUGUGUGGGUGUGUUUCAAAGUUAUUAUUUAUUACUGAUUGCACGUGCUUUAAAAAUGCUAAUAUGUAAUCAUGCUAUGCUAUCUAUAUCUGUGGCCAAAAUGUAUUUUUGCUGGUUUUAUUGUUUUUAUUAAAGGAAGUAUAAGACUGUGAA